UUCUGGAGUUACCCAUAUACAACACAUGGCAUGACCGUGGGCACAAGGUAGGCAUUUUUAUCCAAAAUCACACACACACACAUGUACAAUACGUACCAGCACAAUUGAAUCCAUGGUAAUUGACCCCAAUCUGAACUCACAGUGACCAAAGCCAUGGCCAUAGCCAUGGGGGUGUGUGUGUCCAGAGGUCACCCUGAAGUCAGGCUCGAGUGCUUUCACUGCAUGGGUAGCUUUCUUUUCACACUGAUGACCUCUGGUAGGACCUUCUUUAUUCUCUGUCCAGGAAGUCUGACCACAAAAAAAGGCCCCCUAAGGUCAGUGCUUAUGUACCACUCAAAAAAAAAAAGCUUCAUCAUUUCAAUAUCCUAAUAACUAGACUUUAUAUGGACGCACAUAACAUCGUGGUCACAGUACUGAAAGAUAGUAACAUUUACAUGUGUACAUUUCCUGUAUGAUUUUUAAACGAUGAGAAUAUGCAAACUGUCUGGUAUUAGUAUAGAAGGUUGGAAGCUUUGGAAUGGAAACCUGUCUUCAUUUCAACUUUUGAAAGGGGAAGUCCCUGUUCACUUGCUGGCCUUUUUCGCUCCAGUUGUUACCCAGCCUGCUUUUAAAUUCUGAAAUAUCAGUUUUUGAGGUUAGGGGUCGACCACUGAGGUUUUUGAAGAUUCUUGCAGGAUUCUGGAAAGUGGAGGCCAUUUGUUGUUAUUUUAACAUGGCACCUGCAGGUCAACUGAAAAGAACCUACCACUGAUUUGCAUCACAGACCACAGAGGAUUUUCUUUGUUAGGGUCCAAGAGAUUGCUCGCAAAAAUCCCACAGAAAUUAGAGUAUGGCAAAUCUUCUGAUUAAAUGGAUUACUCUGUUGAUUAUGUGGUCCGGCAGAUUUUUGGUGUGCUUGAUAAGGUUUGGUUUAAAAUCCUUGUGAGUUGAUGGGCAAACACAGAUACGUUGCAACAGUUAUGAAAAAUGUUUCCAUUAAUCCAGUUCUCUUAUCGGAUCAGUUUGGUGAGUGGUGCUUGGUUUUGUUUGGUAAAGUGUUCCGUAGUGAUAAAGCCCUGUUGCCCAUUCAGUUGGUUGGUUUUUAAAUACACAAGUACACAAAGUGUGUAGACCAGGCCAAUUAAAGUCAAUUAAUAAUAAAAGACAGCUGCAGACCUUCCCUUCCUCAUGAAGUACAUGUACAUGUAUGUUCAACUGAACGCCUGUGCUGUGAGACUGUUUGCCUGUCUAUGUUGAUCUUUGACCCCGGUAUGUUAUGCGCAGUUUGAGGGCCCGAAAACCAGUCAAAUUUGACUCGCCACAUGACCCCCAUACUAGGGUUUGGUAACUGAAAGCCCCACCUGUGUCGAAAUAGGCUGUGUUGUGCAUUGCACAUGGCCACUUCUGCUUUAAGAGGACCUAGACCACUUGGCCCGUGGUAAAUGUUAGCGUUCUUGAGAUCUGCUGAUUCAAGGCAAGACUUGGCCUCAGGGGCGUUGACCUUGAGAUGAAGGUCGGGCGAGAGGCCCCCUUGGUGGAUGACCACUUUGGGGCAUCACUGGACAAGGAGAUGAACGUCCUGCGUGUGCGGCAUGCGGCUCAGAAAGUCCGGGCAGAGUUUCUGGGCCACCUGGACGGCCACCUGGAGGGCCUGCUGGAAAGCUUCGUUGGGGAGCUGGAGAAGCAGACUGACCUGAAGGAGACCGAGGAAAAGGAGGCCGCCCCCAGACCCAAGCCGGGCGACCAGAAACAGCUAAAAGAAAAAGUAUUCGUCGCUCGGGAAUCACUCCUCACACAAUUGUUGGUGAACAAGAACAUCCGGACGAUUUACAAUAUCUUCGUGGCCAUGCUGAUCGUCUUUGUUCUAAACACGGCUGUCUACGAGUACAUUGAAAAUGGCAGCAUCAAGCUGAACCUUGACAUGCUACUCUGGCAGUUCGGACAGUUUCCGGUCGUCUUGUCCACCUGGUGUGUCAUGAUGAUGUGGACCAUGGUGGUCACCUUUGUCAUGUUCCAGUACUGGGCCACCAAUCGCCAUAAACCAAACCGUAUUCCCGAUGGGGUUUGGCUUUGUGUCUACUUCGCCUCCCAGCUCUUCAUGGUAGUCUUUCCGCUGUGGGCGGUCCUUGCCCACCAGCUUCCACCUGCCUCCACCAUCAUCGUCAUCGCAGAGCAACUCCGCCUCAUCAUGAAGACCCACUCCUUCAUCCGCGAGAACGUGCCCAGGGCCCUGCGGUGGAAGCCCCAUCCAGUUGCCAGUCUCCUGCACAGGAAUGGACUCACUAACCCCCAGCUCCACUCGACCAACGGCCAACUCCGCACCAACGGCCACAUGCGCAGCAACAGCGAAGGCUGUCCCCGCUUCCUCAGACGGGGCAACGGCGUGAGCUUGGCCUGCCAGGCCCAGCCGGGUACCAACAGCGACAGCGGCGGUGGCCACGACGGCAGUCCCGGGCCCUGCCCUGACUUCUCUCACUUCCUGUACUUCCUCUUUGCUCCCACGCUGAUCUACCGGGACCGCUACCCGCGCACCCCCAGGAUCCGGUGGCACGUGGUCAAUACAAACUUCCUACAGGUGCUGGCAUGCCUCUUCUACACCUACUACACCUUUGAGCGGUUCUGCGUGCCCGUCUUCCGCAACUUCAGCCAGGAGACGCUGACCGUCCAGCGGUUGAUCCUCUGCGUCUUCAGCUGCGUGCUGCCAGGCACGCUAGUCCUCAUCCUGGCGUUCUUCGCCAUCUUGCAUUCCUGGAUGAACGCCUUCGCUGAGAUGAUGCGCUUCGCGGACCGACAGUUCUACAAAGAUUGGUGGAACUGUAAGUCAUACGCCAACUACUACCGCACCUGGAACAUUGUCGUGCACGACUGGCUGUAUACGUACAUCUACCGAGACUUCCAGCUCCUGCAGAUGAGGAAGAGCAUCUCCAUGAUGGCAGUCUUUGUCAUCUCGGCUCUCGUCCACGAGUACGUGCUAUCCCUAGCGUUCGGCUUCUUCUUCCCCGUCUUGAUGGUCCUCUUUGGGGGAGUUGGAUUCAUGUUCAUCUUCAUCCCUAGCAACGGGUCGUCCAACGUCCAGAACAUCCUCGUCUGGCUCUCGCUCUUCAUUGGCAACGGGAUCCUCAUGUGUCUGUACAGCCAAGAGUGGUACGCCCGGCAACACUGCCAGUCGCCAGACGGGAACUUAACGUUUUUGGAUGCUGCAGCAGAGUUGGUCGUGCCAAAGUCUUUCUUUUGCAACUGGAAGUUCUGAAUUUUUGAGAACAUUCCGUCUACGAACAGGUAUAGAGCAUUUUCCCCAGAAAAAGGUUUCAGACCUUUGGGGCCGAUAUAAAGUGGAAUUCACUGACUUUAAGACUUUAUUUUCAGAAGUCAGUUUGCUAUGGAGACUUUGUCCAUGAGUAUGCCUUUUAUUGUAAAAUACCAAAGAUGGCAGUCAAAAUGCAUCAGUUUGCCUGGUAUGCAGCAGUUUUGAGCAUUUGAUAUUGCUGCGUGGGAACCAGUGAUGGAUAAGAGAGCUCUUAAUUUCCUGACUGGUAACCAUCCCUCCUUUCCAAGUCUAGAAUACAUGUGUAAGAUUGUGGGUCGGGGUACCAGCCUACUUGAACCUCAUCAGCAGGCAGCUCUUCGCUUUCCCCCUGGUAUGUCUGCUCAGAAAUUUCUGAAUGAAGAUUUUCGAUGACCAGCAUGUGUGGACCAGUGAAGAACACAAGGCCCUCUUCUGUUGGUGCUUACGGUCUAUAGAGUGUACAGUUGUGCUCUCUCUUGCAUUACGAUUUCUGUCAUGGGUAAUUAUGCAAUCAUUUAUAGAACUUUUUUUCUUAGAUCUUAAAAUGUAAGAAUAAGAAAUUUUUGUGUUAAUGUCAUGGUGAUUUACAAUGCAAUUCAUGUCAGAGGCCCUGAGAACUGUGUCUUGUUGCAAAGCAGUAUUUAUCUUAAAAAGUUUUGAGAGAGAAAAAAAAAAAGGCAAAUAAACCGAGGUACAGUUUGUACCAAACGCUCAGUCAAAAAUGUAUUUCUCCAGAAAUAAGUUGUCAUUUAGACAGAAAGUAUUGUACAAAGUCUGAAUAAAGUAUUAAGAAAAAAAGAACACUUUUAAUGAGUUUGAAAUGAGGAAAGUAUGAUUUUUUUUCUAUACCUUAUCUCCAAAGUACAAUUUGUUGAUCUUAAACUUCUGAGAGUGUAGAUUUCUCAUUAACAGUGCCGGAAUUGAAAAAUGUGAAAUUUGAAUAAUUGCUUCAAUCUGUCUUGGGCUUUACCUAUGAUUACCAUAUUCUGAUGUGAUAAAUUACUGUUCAUCUCAUUUGAAUGGAGGAGGCAUCUACACAGAAUUAUAGAAAGUCACUGGGCAAAAGGAGAUGGUCGUUUCCAUCUAAUGUCUCAGUUAAGUCAGUACUUUUAAUAAUGUCAUCUGCUGCCGCAUGUCGGGAAAACUUGUUUUUUUAAUAGCUUGUGAAAGUAGUGACAGUCAUGCAAAGUCCUGAAUGUGAGGUUAAAGGGCCACAUAAACGGGCGCCUGCUUGAUGUGAUCACGGUACAAAAGCAUGGUGCAAAAAGUGGUCUUUACGACCAGCGCCCUCUGUUGGCAUUCAGUUUCAAAAGUUAAACUUUGAAUGGGGGAAAUAGGGCCCUCUGUGUUUCAAAACUAAAAAGAGAUGUUAUCAACAUCAGUUCCUUACAGUAGCGCCCUCUGUUUGAUACUUUGAAGUACCUUGUGGAAAACCCAGUGUGUAACAGUACGAGAGCAAGCCCAGGGGCUAGCUAUAGUUCAAUAACUUUGUUAACAAGCCACACGUGCAAUACUGUCACGCUCAAACAACCCCAGUCAAACUUUUUUUUAAAGAUCUCAUUGUCGCUCACAUUUUGCCUAUGCCUGCAACUCUCGCGGCGUUCAUGGUCAAUGACAUCUGAGAUGAUUGUUAUCUUGUGAACGAUUCUUUCUCUGCUGAUAAAUAAAAUCAGCUUUCGAGAGCCACUGGUGCAAUCAUGCCCUCAAGGCCAGGCCCCAAGGCCACGUUCCAAAUGACGGUCUGGAUGGUCCAAACUGGGCAUCCUUUUGGACAUUUUGAUGUUAAAAUAAAGUAGGCAAACUGCAGAUGAAAAUACAACAGAUUGUAUUCUGUUUACAGUGUUUAUUUCGUACCAAAGAAUUUUUUUGUAAAGAUGUUAUGAAAUUGUGAGAAACCUCCAGGCCCACCUUAUAGUGGAAAGGUGCUGCUCGAAACUGUAGACACAAAACAUAAUGGGUUGCAAAUCGUGCACAACUCUUGGUAUUUUUUUGUUAAAUUCAGACUUAAAAGAAUUGAUUUGCCAGAUUUGCCAAGAUUUAGGCAAAAAAGAGAACUAACCUCUGUUUUUUUUUACCCAGCUUUUGUGGCCUUGUCAUUUUUGCAACUGUAUGUUGUGACUCAUAGCUCCUCAUAGGGCUUCGGCGUAUGUGUUACACCUUGAAGUUUUUUCAAGUGUUUAUACAUUAAGUAUUAAAUUUUAAAGAAAAGUUCAACCUAUUUCGGUGUCAGGGUACUAAAUAUUCAGCAGAAUAUGUUUACUGGCUCUUUUUGUUAGCUUCGGUGGAUUGCAAAAUAGAAAAUAACAUUAAUGUGUCAAUACUAUUGAAACAUGACAGAUUGUUAAAGAACUACUUAAAUUAUGUGAGAUAUUAUAAAUGUUAUUUUCCACAUUAAUUGAAAAUGUAACUAUGUAGUCGUUGAUUCAUGUCAUAAAAGAGUACAAAACUCCAAAAAACGAGUUUGUUUCUUGCGAUGAUUAGUAAAAGAAGAUGUGUGUCAGAGAUUUGAACUUCAAUUACCUUGCAGUUUUCAAAUUACCCCUUCCAACUCCCUUAAAGUAAAAAGAAUGGUUUUUCAAGUGCAAAUGAAAAUGCCUUUAUACUUCACGUAACAUUACGGUAAAAGCAGGAUAUGCUUUAUACUGAUGUUUUCUUUCCGACUCGCAUAUUGUGGGCAACAUAUCUAUUGAUUGUUGAUUUUCCUUCAGUUUCAAAACCUGACGAUUUCGUAAUUUUUUUUGUUUCAGUUUGAGUGCCUUGGAAUUGGGCUAGUUUAAUUUGGUAAAAUUUUGUGGCAAAGAGAAAUUAUAUGAGAUUUGUACAGAUUAUAUUGAUGUCGAUAUAUGGAUGUCCCCGUGAAUAAAUGAUUCUGAAAUCACACUAUACAAAGAAAUAU